AUGAGGCAGUGUAGAUGGUUCGAGUUGAUAAAGGAUUACAACUGCGCCAUUAGCUAUCAUCCAGGAAAGGCAAGCGUGGUAGUCGAUGCAUUGAGCCGAAAAUCUGGGGGUAUGUCAACCUCAGCAGUUAUGGUUUCACACCAGAUCGUGAUAGACUUGGAGAGGUUGGGUGCAGAAUUGGGGCAGGAAGAGCUGAGCAAUCAACUGAAGAAGAUAUUGGACCUACUGCUGAACAAUGGGAAGACAGUCAAAGAUCAGGAUCAUGAAGAAGAAAAUGACCCUAUCCACCCUCCUGAUUUUACGCCGAUUCAUGGGCAAUCUUCUGGGACAAGCAAGACCGUGACAGAAUACCGUUGUGAUGAGUUGGAAGAGUGGCUAAGGGCCAUAGAGGGGACUCGGACCGCCAGUACCGCUAGACCCUCAGAUUACUGCCUAGUGCCUAAUGUAGUCCUUCCUCCAAAGUUUAAGAUGCCAGACUUUGAGAAGUUUGAUGGGACCACAUGCCCUCAGACCCACCUCCGGAUGUAUUGUCAGUUGAUGGCUGCCUAUAUCGAUAAUAAGAAGUUGAUGAUGCAUUGCUUCCGAAGCAGUCUUACUAGGACGGCGACUAGAUGGUAUGUCCAGCAGAAUAAGGCCCAAAUCCGUACAUGGGGUGACUUGGCCGAUGCCUUCGAAGCGCAAUAUCGUCAUAUCUUGGAGAUGGCUUCGGAUAGGAUGUCUCAUUCUGAAAUGGAGAAGAAGCCAACAGAAACUUUCAGGGAGUAUGCACACCGUUGGAGAGACACGGCCACUCAAGUGGACCCUUCGGUUAGCGAUCGUGAGGCAAUAUCGAUGUUUGUAGGGACGUUAAAAGAUCCCUACCGUUCACAUCUGGUAGGGUCCACCCCUCAUAACUUCAUGGACAUUGUGGCGGCAGGGGCCAGAGUGGAAGCCGACGUCAAAACUGGACGGAUAAAGAUUGGCACUGUCGAUAAUGAACCAAGUAAGAAGUGGGUCAAAGGUAAAAAGGAAGAAGAGACCCAAAUGAUACAGGGGUCUAUCAGGAGCCUAAAGCAGAGAAGCCGAAGUCAACAACCUAGGGGAAAUUUCUACAUGGAACUAGUAGUAAACCAAACACUACAUAUGGGCCCCAGGCCCCAGUUUGCAACCCCCCGACUAAGACCAGCACCAACAAACAAUCAAGUUCAAGAAAGGGAUGCACUGAGAAAUACUAGAAGGAUUGACCCAAUCCCAAUGCCCUAUGCCGACUUGUUUCCUCAACUGUGUGAGAGAGGAAUGGUGAUGACCAUACCAACCAUUCCCAUCACCGAUCCCCUACCACGAUGGUUUGAUCCCAAUGCCCGCUGUGUAUACCACACAAACUAUCUGGGCCACUCCAUUGACCAGUGCUGGGCUUUCAAAUAUAAAGUUCAGUCAUUGAAGGAUGCAGGGUGGCUGGCCUUUGAUGACAAGCCGACGGGCAUUCAGGGAAACCCUUUACCCAAUCAUAAGGGAGACUAG